GAGUGGGACGGAGACUUGGCACGGUAUACGGUGUGCAGAAACCUGCCCAGAGUUUCAACUGCUUUUCCUAGAUCCAGAAUACAAGCCAUGGAAAACUUCAGUUUUGAGCACUGCAGAGAGACAGCGGACUGGCUACUGGGACACACGAAGCAUCGGCCCAGAAUCGCCAUUAUCUGUGGGUCUGGACUGGGCCUCUUUGCUGACACCUUGAUGAACCAGGAGUCUUUCCCAUACAUCGAUAUCCCCAACUUUCCUCUCAGCACAGUGCCCGGCCAUGAAGGAUGUCUCACCUUCGGGGAGCUGCAGGGUCAGCCGUGCGUUUGCAUGAAGGGGCGCUUUCACCUGUAUGAGGGAUACCCUCUUUGGAAGGUCACCUUCCCGGUCCGGGUAUUUAAACUCUUGGGCAUACAGAUUCUGCUGGUGACCAAUGCAGCUGGAGCAUUGGGGGAGUCGUAUUGCAUCGGGGACCUCAUGAUUAUCCGGGACCACAUCAACUUGCUGGGCUUGGCAGGGCAAAACCCGUUGCUGGGCCCCAACGAAGAGAGGUUUGGACCCCGUUUCCCUGCCCUUUCCGAUGCCUACGACGGGAAGCUCCGUGCGUUGGCAGCGGAGGUUGCAGGGCACCUUGGAUACGCCUCCUUCGUCAAGGAGGGCGUCUACUGCAUGGUUGGAGGCCCCAACUUUGAAUCCGUUGCGGAGGCCCGGUUGCUGCACUCACUGGGGGCAGACGCUGUGGGAACAAAUUUCACCGCAGCCGAGAUCAUCGUGGCCCGGCACUGUGGAAUUCUGGUCGACGGCCUAUGGCUGAUCACUAACAAAGAUUUAGCCAAGGAGUCUGAAAACCAGGAGCACGUCAGAUCAUCUCAGAGUGCUGGGAGGGUGGAGCCAGAGGCGGAGUUUCCACACCCUCCGGGGGCCUGCUGGGAGCACUUGUGGGCGGGUUGGAACCAAAUGCAGUCAUCAGAAAAGCUUGGCGGCCACCCAGAGGGACAGCCGGACCUGAGCCAGAGUGGAGACUCUGAAUGCUCCGAAAACUCCCCUCUGGACUUGAGGGGCCACCCAGGAGAGGACUGUGACUGGGUUUUGCCAGACUCUAAGUCAAAUCCACCAUAG